AUGAACGACGCGACCAGGACGCAAAUAAAACAGAACCUUUCCACGGGUAAUUCAACGACAAACGCCAUGGAUUCUACACGAAAACACAUAAGUUUGUCGAUCCGAAAGAGAUCUGAAAUUUUAGACAAACUAAAACGAGGUGAUAGUGGUAAAAAGUUAGCUGCAAUGUAUGGAGUGGGAAAAUCCACCAUAUCAGAUAUUAAGAAAAACAGGGGCAAGAUAGGUGCUUUUAUGAAGAAAUGCAUUUCUGGUCCAGGUAGCAGAAAAACUUUGCGGACUGCUGAACAUCCUGAAAUGGAAAAGAAACUUUACGAGUGGUUUCUGCAACAGCGUGAUCGGCACAUACCAGCAAGCUACGCUAUUCUGGCAGAAAAAUCAAAAUAUUUAAAAAAAAAUAUAACGGGCGUGCAAAAUCUGCCUGAGUUUGGUGGUUUUGGAAGUUCGGAAUUCAGUGCAAGACAAGAAAGUUCCAAUCAUGCAUUCUUAACCCAGUCGAUAACUACAUUCAUCUUGCAAGAUGUGCCGUAG